ACGCGUCGUGCCGUAGUAUCUGAGCAGCUUUUUUUUUUAGACCUUUUCAAGUCUCUAUUCACAAAAAACCUUCAUCAUGGGUAAGGACGACAAGACUCACCUUAACAUCGUCGUUAUCGGUCACGUCGACUCCGGUAAGUCGACCACCACCGGUCACUUGAUCUACAAGUGCGGUGGUAUUGACCAGCGUACCAUUGAGAAGUUCGAGAAGGAAGCCGCCGAACUCGGUAAGGGUUCCUUCAAGUACGCUUGGGUUCUUGACAAGCUCAAGUCCGAGCGUGAGCGUGGUAUCACCAUCGAUAUUGCCCUCUGGAAGUUCCAGACUUCCAAGUAUGAGGUCACCGUCAUUGAUGCCCCCGGUCACCGUGACUUCAUCAAGAACAUGAUCACUGGUACCUCGCAGGCUGACUGCGCUAUUCUCAUCAUUGCCUCCGGUACUGGUGAGUUCGAGGCUGGUAUCUCCAAGGAUGGCCAGACCCGUGAGCACGCUCUGCUUGCUUUCACCCUCGGUGUUAAGCAGCUCAUCGUCGCUCUUAACAAGAUGGACACCUGCAAGUGGUCCGAGGAGCGUUACAACGAAAUCGUUAAGGAGACCUCGAACUUCAUCAAGAAGGUCGGCUACAACCCCAAGGUCGUUCCCUUCGUCCCCAUCUCCGGUUUCAACGGUGACAACAUGCUUGAGGCCUCCACCAACUGCCCCUGGUACAAGGGUUGGGAGAAGGAGACCAAGUCCGGCAAGGCCACCGGUAAGACUCUCCUUGAGGCCAUCGACGCCAUCGAGCCCCCCGUCCGUCCCUCCAACAAGCCCCUCCGUCUUCCUCUCCAGGAUGUCUACAAGAUCUCGGGUAUUGGAACUGUGCCUGUCGGCCGUGUCGAGACUGGUGUCAUCUCUCCCGGUAUGGUCGUUACUUUCGCUCCUUCCAACGUCACCACCGAAGUGAAGUCCGUUGAGAUGCACCACCAGCAGCUCAAGGAGGGUGUCCCCGGUGACAACGUUGGUUUCAACGUCAAGAACGUUUCCGUCAAGGAAGUCCGCCGUGGUAACGUCGCCUCCGACUCCAAGAACGACCCUGCUGCCGAGGCUGCCAGCUUCAACGCUCAGGUCAUCGUCCUUAACCACCCUGGUCAGGUCGGCGCUGGAUACGCCCCCGUCCUGGACUGCCACACCGCCCACAUUGCUUGCAAGUUCGCCGAGCUCCUUGAGAAGAUCGACCGCCGUACCGGUAAGUCGGUUGAGAACAGCCCCAAGUUCAUCAAGUCCGGUGACGCCGCCAUCGUCAAGAUGGUUCCCUCCAAGCCCAUGUGUGUCGAGACCUUCACCGACUACCCCCCUCUCGGUCGUUUCGCCGUCCGUGACAUGCGUCAAACCGUCGCUGUCGGUGUCAUCAAGGGUGUCGAGAAGUCUGCUGGUGGUGCCUCCAAGGUCACCAAGGCUGCCCAGAAGGCCGGUAAGAAAUAAACGGUGUUCGUUUGAGAUGAGUGGUUUUUGUGCAUGAAUGAUAUC